AGAGAGAGAGAGAGAGAGAGAGAGAGAGCUAGGGGGCGUGGUGGUGGUGUGUAUUGGUGCACAGAGCAGAUCCUGUAGUCUCAUCAGUGACUUUGGUCCUCAUGCAGGACUUCAGGACAGGAAAACCAGUCUGAUGCUUUGUAGGAGUCCCUGAAGAUCUGAUCCAGCACGGACAAGAUGAGAGGAUUUAGGACUUGUUGCAUCUUUCUGCUGCUCCUGGUUUCUUCUUCUUGCUGCAGCAAGAUGAAUGUGCCUCGCCUCAGACUCUCCUACCAAGAUUUGCUGUCCACCAACAGGUCGUCCAUCUUCAGCGGUCAUCACGGACAACUUUCCCUGUCCGCCGUCUAUCUGGACGAGUACCGUGACCGUCUCUUCCUGGGGGGCAAAGACGUGAUGUACUCUCUCCUGCUAGGACCUGCACGCAGCGAGUCCAAAGAGAUCUAUUGGCCCCCGUUGCCUGGCAACAGAGAGGACUGCAUUCAAAGGGGGAAAGAACCACAGACGGAAUGCGCCAACUUUGUACGUCUUCUGCAACCGUACAACCGCACUCACCUCCUGGCCUGCGGCACUGGAGCCUUCCACCCCAUGUGUAGCUUCAUCUAUGUGGGACACAGAGGAGAGCAUGUCUUCACCAUGGACCCCAAGAACGUGGAGAACGGACGGGGGAAGGUCCCUCACGACCCCAGCCUGCCCUUUGCCAGCACCUUCAGCGGUGGGGAGUUAUUUACGGGACUGACGGCGGACUUCUUGGGACGAGACUCUGUGAUCUUCAGAAGCUUGGGCGGUCGCUCCACCAUGAGGACGGAGACGGACCACAAAAUCCUCCACGAUCCCAAGUUCGUGGCAGCUCACCUCAUCCCGGACAACGACGACAGAGACGAUGACAAAGUCUACUUUUUCUUCACGGAGAAAGCCACGGAGGCGGGCGACAGGGAGGAGGCCAUUCACACACGUGUCGGACGAGUGUGUGCGAAUGACGUGGGAGGACAGAGAGUUCUGGUCAACAAGUGGAGCACCUUCAUCAAAGCCAGGCUGGUUUGUUCUGUGCCAGGACCGCAUGGCAUCGACACACAUUUCAACCAACUUGAGGAUGUUUUCUUGCUCAGGACCAAGGACGAGAGAAACCCGGCUAUUUAUGCCAUCUUUAGCACUAUCAGUAAUGUGUUCCAGGGUUUUGCCGUGUGCGUUUAUCGCAUGGCCGACAUCAGAGAGGCCUUUAACGGGCCGUUUGCCCAUAAAGAGGGCCCGGACUACCAGUGGGGGGCCUAUGAGGGCCGUGUCCCUUACCCAAGACCAGGAGUGUGUCCGAGUAAAAUCACCAACCAGCCCGGCAGAGAGUUCGCCAGCACCAAAGACUUCCCCGACUCCGUGCUCCAGUUUGCCCGCGGCCACCCGCUCAUGUGGCGCCCGGUGCAGCCCGCACUGCGACAGCCGGUCUUGGUCAAGGCCAACGUUCCUUACAGGCUCAAGCAGAUCGUGGUGGACCGCGUAGAGGCCGAGGACGGCCAGUAUGAUGUCAUGUUCAUCAGCACGGACGUCGGCAGCGUGCUGAAAGUCAUCGCACUGCAUGCUGGGAACAGCCUGGAAACAGAAGAGGUGACCCUGGAGGAGCUCCAAGUCCUCAAAGUGCCCAUGCCAAUCACAUCGCUGGAUAUAUCCGUGAAAAGACAAGCCCUGUACGUGGGCUCCGAGGCGGGCGUGGUCCAGGUGAAGCUGCAUCGCUGCCAGACCUACGGGAAGGCGUGUGCCGAGUGCUGCCUGGCCAGAGACCCUUACUGCGCCUGGGAUGGCACGUCCUGCACUCGAUACGUGCCCGGCAGCAAGCGCCGCUACCGCCGGCAGGACAUCAGGCACGGGAACCCGGUGCUGCAAUGUCUGGACCAGAACUUUGGUGAGGACGUGGAGGAGACGGAGGACCGAGUGGUCUAUGGGGCGGAGAACAACAGCACCUUCCUGGAAUGUGUUCCUCGCUCCCCGCAAGCGUCUGUGGUCUGGUUGGUGCAAGGUGACGAGCGCCAGGAGGAGGUCAAGCUGGACGAUCGGGUCAUGUCCACAGACCAGGGCCUCCUCUUCCGUCGUCUCCUGAACCAGGACGCUGGCGUCUACAUUUGCAGAUCCAGAGAGUUUGGUUUCACCCAGACUCUAAGUCGGAUCACCCUGGAAGUCCUCCAAGGGGACACCCUGGACGAGCUGGUGGGGCAACGGGACAACGCCGGCCUCUCAGACCUCCUUAAGGACAGACAGGGUGCGGGAUACAGGAGCUGGAUGCCUUGCCAUUCCUUUGGUAGGCCGGGCCUCGUCGGCCAGUCCCGGUUGUGGUUCAAGGAUGUUAUGCAGAUGAUCGGACCGUCCAACCUGCCCCACGUGGAGGAGUACUGCGAGAGGAUGUGGUGCAACGAAAAGCUGAGGAGGAAGCACAAGGGCAUGGUGGAGAAGUACCGGCAGGCCCAGGAGAGCGCCAGGAAGGCUCGCAGCAAAAGUUCCGGGGAGAGAAACAGGAUGCCGAGGGACCUUCGAGCAAGGGAUCAGUGAUGUAGACUAUGAAAGUACGACAACUAAGACAGAACUGAAGGACCAGCAGAACUGGAUAUGUACAUGAACCGACUCUGGUAAAAUGAGGCGUGGUCUUUACGUUGUCUGGACAAAGACUACUACUGUCCUGGACAUGAAGAUAAGGAGAGGACACAAUUCAAAACCACUUGAAGAAACCUGGAGACUUUAGAAUCCACCACACAUCCAAAAAUCCCUGUUUUCUAUCACGGUUGAACUGAUUCGAUUCACGACUUCAGAAUCCUAACCAUGUCUUAGUUUCACUUUGUAAAGAACAAGUCUUGGAACCUGGACUUCACUGAGCUACAAAAGUUCUUAGUCCGUUCGUGAAAACGGGAAACGACGUGUUGACGGUUCAGCGGAUGAAGGACUCAUGUGUUGAUCUCACUGCUGAGGCGGGAUGGGUACCGACUUUGGUACUGAUAUACACCGCAGUCCUUCGGUACUACCGGGUGUCGAUUCAGGCAAAGUCAAAGGGCGCCAUAUUUUGCUACCUUUUGUUGCACGUGACGUCACGUCCGGUCGCAGACUAAACACCGGUCCACGUAAACGAUCAGUCAAGUAACGUUGCAUACAUUUUAACACCAAGAAAGCAAGUAUGCUUAGUAAAGUAAGGCCCCACUCUUCCAAAGUGCACUAGCUUGACGCUAACUUAGAUUGGAUUUGCCAUAAACGAGCUACUAUUAGCAUUAGCGAUUUUACAUGGCGGUUUCAACACCUCCAAAUUUGGUAAUGAAAGCUACAACUGAGAUGAACAUUACAAUCAAACACCUGGUGUGUAAUAAGCAUAUUACUGACAGAACAAACACCUUGUAGGGCGCAACAUAACACAUUCAGGUUCAUGGAUGUAGCCUAUGGAAUACUGCAGUUGAAUUUCUCCAAUCACGGAAUUUUAUUAUCAAACAAUUAACAUUUAUAAACACACAAUAUAUAUAUAUAUAUAUAUAUAUAUAUAUAUAUAUAUAUAUAUAUAUAUAUAUAUAUAUAUAAAACAGACUUUUUUCCGGAAGUAUGUCAUCAUUUAUGAUCUCUACGCCACAUCCAGUCGCCAUGUUUUGUAGUUUUUGAGUAGUACUGAAUAGGCUAUAUAUGGUAUGUUGUCUAACUCGGAAGUAGCUUUUUCCACAAAGCUGAAUGUGUUAUGUCGCGCCUUACAAAGUGUUUGUACUGUAAAAAAUUCAUCAUAAUGAUUUAUGGUAAAUUAUUUUUGUAGUUUGUAAGAGAUCCGCCAUUUUUGGCUGUAGUCCAACAUACGGGAUAAACGUCAUAGUGAUUUUUGAGCAAUGCAUCCGCCCACUGUUUUAGAAAUGUAUUGGAAAAUCUGUUUGGGAAAAGUUUGGGAUGCUGUACGCUAACAGUAGUGUCUUUCCCAAAAAGCUUCUUGUUGUGGGUGGCCAUCUUGUUCAUUCCAGUCUUGUGUAGGUCUACAAUGGAGUGCUGACAGCUCUAGUAGAAAGUAAGGUAGGAAUACUCUCUUAAAGGGACAGGACACACAUGCUUGCAUCAAAUACAUAUUUCCCUCAAUCAAACCUUUAUUUAAUUUUAUUUUCACAGGAUUUUAUACGAGUUUUCACAUUCUGGACUGGGGGUAAAUGUACAAACUCAGCAGGGGAUCUUGUACUGAUUUCUUAUUAUUUUUAUAGACAUGACAUCAUCAGGACUGUCCGCAGUGGCACCCUCGCACUCUUUGACUGACAGCUCGCGUCAAUGUGUCUUUAAAACAAAACAAAAAAUCCUAUCUGGGAGUCCUCCUGUGAAAUAAGUGUAUUUUAUACGCAAUGUCACUUCAAAAAAAAAAAAAAAAAGCAUUCACACAUUUCUUUCUCUUUUCUUUCUAAGCCUUGAGCCCGUUUGACAGGCGCAGUGUUUGUUUUCCUUGUCUGGCGCGUGCUGAGGAGGACUAUUAGACCUCCAAUUAAGGUGUUUUCUCUGAAAACAUUGCUGGUGUAACAAAAGAAAAUAAAAAGGCAGGAGGAUGGUGACAGGAAAAAAUGUGAUAUGUUUUUAUACAGAACACGCCCUAAAACACCCGUUGUAAUUGUGCGGCAAUCGUUUAAAUAUGCGCCCUGUAGCUAUUUUACUUAGGGAUGGGUACCGAAUUCUGUACUUUAAUUUGGUACAGACCGAGUACUAACUCCCAUAAAAUCAAACGCUAACAUAUUUCCUUAACUUCCAUGCCAUCAAAACAAAGAAUCUGAAUAGAAAACGGUGAAAAAUAAGGGCCGGCUUUUCAGAAUGUCCUUGCUUGAUGCUGAGUUACAUUGGAUGUGCCAUAUACAUGCUACCAAGUGGUUUUAACAGUGUUACAAUCAAUUUGGUGUGUGGUAAAUUACAGUACGAACACCUUGUAGCACUCCACAAAAGACAAAAAACUUAAUGGCAAAGACUACUUCCAGGCUACAGCAAUUGCAUGCAAAAUAUUCUCUGUAAUACUUGAAAAUGAAACUCAGAAGCGUAAGGGAACCAACUAUAACAUCCAGACAGUACAAUUAUUCGCAUUAGAUCACUGUUAAAUGUUGAAUAAUUAUAUUAACAACUUUACAUUUAUGACAUUAUUAUACCACAUACUUGCCAACCUUGAGACCUGCGAUUUCGGGAGGUGGGGUGGGGGCGGGGCGUGGUUAAGAGGGGAGGAGUAUAUUUCCCCCUAGAUUCACCAAGUCAAGUAUUUCAUAUACAGUGUAUAUAUAUAUAUAUAUAUAUAUAUAUAUAUAUAUAUAAGAAAUACUUCACUUUCGGUGAAUUCUAGCUGUGUGUGUAUAUAUAUAUAUAUAUAUAUAUAUAUAUAUAUAUAUAUAUAUAUAUAUAUACUUGAAUUUCAGUGUUCAUUUAUUUACACAUUUACACACACAUAACACUCAUCUACUCAUUGUUGAGUUAAGGGUUGAAUUGUCCAUCCUUAUUUUUGUAACCAUAUGCAUGUACAGUAGAUGGCAGUAUUGUCCUGUUUAAGAGUGUCACAUCAUUGCUGUUUAGGCAGACGACCUGCUUUACGGUAGACGAAAACGAACUGCUGUUGUUGUGUUGUUUUACCACGCUGGGAGGACGUUAAUGAAACUGCCUAACAAUAAACCCACAUAAGAAACCCACCCUUGAUCAUUCUACAGAAACGCUCUUUAUACACGUCACUCAGGCCCCAAGUGGAGGAGUUCAAGUACCUAGGAGUCUUGUACACGAGUGGGGGAAGAGUGGAUCGUGAGAUCAACAGGCGGAUCGGUGUGGCGUCUUCAGUAAUGCGGACGUUGUACCGAUCUGUUGUGGUGAAGAAGGAGCUGAGCCGGAAGGCAAAGCUCUCAAUUUACCGAUCGAUCUACGUUCCCAUCCUCACCUAUGGACAUGAGCUUUGGGUAAUGACCGAAAGGAAAAGAUCACGGGUACAAGCGGCCGAAAUGAGUUUCCUCCGCCGUGUGGCGGGGCUCUCCCUUAGAGAUAGGGUGAGAAGCUCCGUCAUCCGGGAGGAACUCAAAGUAAAGCCGCUGUUCCUCCACAUCGAGAGGAGCCAGAUGAAGUGGUUCGGGCAUCUGGUCAGGAUGCCACCCGAAAGCCUCCCGAGGGAGGUGUUUAGGGCACAUCCAACCGGUAGGAGGCCACGGGGAAGACCCAGGACACGUUAGGAAGACUAUGUCUCCCGGCUGGCCUGGGAACGCCUCGGGAUCCCCCGGGAAGAGCUAGACGAAGUGGCUGAGGAGAGGGAAGUCUGGGCUUCCCUGCUUAGGCUGCUGCCCCCGCGACCCGACCUCGGAUAAUCGGAAGAAGAUGGAUGGAUGGAUGGACUCAGGUCCGCAUGGAGCUGGAGGCUCCGCCUGAAUUUCGGGAGAUUUUCGGGAGAAAAUUUGUCCCUGGAGGUUUUUCGGGAGAGGCGCUGAAUUUCGAGAGUCGCCCGGAAAAUCUGGGAUGGUUGGCAAGUAUGUUAUACCAUGAAUUGAUUAAACAAGUUGAAAAACGUAUUCGGGUGUUACCAUUUAGUGGUCAGUUGUACUGAAUAUGUACUGUACUGUGCAACCUACUAAUAAAAGUUUCAAUCAAUCAAUCAAAAAACGUACAAAAGUACAGAGAGUUAGUUUAAAUGUGAUAAUUCCAUUAUUCGUAGUCUUCGAGGAUUAAAAAAAAAAAAUCUACUAUGUUUGUAUUCUGACAUCGUCAAAAGUUGUUAUUGUCUUACUGAUUUAUGAUUUAUUUUAUUCUCUUUUGGAUGGAAAUGUGCGACCAGCAGGUGACGCCACACCCGCUAAUCGCAAACCCCCUUUAGCCAAUCAGAUGCUCAGAAUAAAGCAAUAUCCGGUAACGUGACUCAAAGAAAAUGAUAGGUAUUAAUAUGUAAUUUUCACAGUAAAGUUGAAAAUAUAUAUUUUUUUUAAGAGAGAUGGGCCUAACAAAUCUGUUUUUAUUAUAUGUGUACACGGAAAAUGUUUUUUACAGCCCUUUUCAAAAAGUGUGUUCAGUCUGUAUUGUCUUGCAAUUGUAAACAGUGCGUCAUUACGUCAUCACGGCUUCGCGCUGAUUGGUCACGUGACCAAGCAGGACCAAUCACCGCAUUAUUUGAUACCCAAUAGUAAAUAGUCCACGGGAGUAGUGUUGUAGUUUGCUGCAGUUGUGUGUCUAAAUGGUUUCAUGUUUUCACAAUUUUUCACUCCAACAAAAUGUUAUCGGAUGUCGACGUGUAGCCAGGAGUCUCUGACCACAGCCCGAAACGCGUCGAAAGAGAUGUUUCUUGACUUAAACCACGCAAUUGGUGAGUCUGUCCAUCUCCAUUCAUUUGUAUGCAUUAGCUUAGCUCGCCGCGUCCAUUGGGUUAACAUGGUGUUAUUAGCAUAGGACUUUAAGCCACUUUUAACAAAAUAUCUUCAACUAACUCAAAUGGAAUCAAUAUGAAAUGUUGUGCAAAUGUCCGUUACAACUUAAGAGUGUUUUAAAUAAUAAUGUCCACUUGUUUUGUUUAAUCUAUGCUUCCACUUGUAACUGCAUUGUUGUAACUUUGCCGCCUCUUGAAGGAGUCAUUUUCAUUUUUUAAUUUUUUUUUAUCACAACCGAAUUUUCUCUCUGUUUAGAUGAAAACAAUGAUAUACAUUUUAAUUAAUUUUUUCAUGAUCACGUAGCACAGAGCACUCAAAAGCCUUCUUGGAUUGUACAGUGUACAUUAAAUGUGGUACCAUUUGUAUAAGAAAAGUGUUGUGAUUAUGAAUCUAGUAUUCCAGUGUUUGUUUAAAACAAGAACAAAUGUUUCUCCAGUUUUUAUGCAUUCUAAAUCGUAAACAAAAGCUAGUAAAAGUCAGCUAACAAAGAAUGGCCGUUGCUCUAUAAAAGCCUUCUAAAAAAACAUUCAAAAACCUCCAUCAUUGUUAGAUAUACACUAAUUAUAUAUGUAAUGUAGUAUCAAGAACAUAAAUAAUAACAUGUAAUAUUUACAUGUUUUGCUCCUUCUAAGCAAACGACAGCUUAAUCAUUUCACUGACGCAUCAUAACAUUCUCUAUUUCCAUCAACAACAACGCUACUUAUCAUGAUAGCCUUCAUUAGAGACAACGAAGACUACUUUGGGACAAAUAAUGAUCCAGAACCUUAUAUUUUCGAUCCUGAAUAUGCAGAGGUUGAGCACAAAUUUUAGAAGCUCUAGCAUGUAGCAAUGUGCUAAGUAACAGAAGUACAAACUACAAACAUAAUAAAAUGAUCACUUACUGUACAAUGUCAGCUGUCACUGGAUGCUGACUGUCCAUCCAUCCAUUUUUCUACCGCUUAUUCCCUUUGGGGUUGCGGUGGGCUGGGUACACCCUGGACAAGUCGCCACCUCAUCGCAGGGCCAACACAGAUAGACAGACAACAUUCACACUCACAUUCACACACUAGGACCAAUUUAGUGUUGCCAAUCAACCUAUCCCCAGGUGCAUGUCUUUGGAAGUGGGAGGAAGCCGGAGUACCUGGAGGGAAACCACACAUUCACAGGGAGGACAUGCAAACUCCACACAGAAAGGUCCAGAGCCCGGGAUUGAACCGUGACUACUCAGGACCUUCGUAUUGUGAGUCAGACGCACUAACCCCUCUGCCACAGUGAAGCCCAUAAUAAUGAUCCAGAACCAUAUAUUUUCGAUCCUGAAUAUGCAGAGGUUGGGCACACGUUUUAGAAGCUCUAGAGUCAUGUAGCAAAGUGCUAAUAAAAGAAGUACAAACUACGAACAUAAUCAAACGAUCACUUACUGUACAAUGUCUGCUCUCAUUGGAUGCUGACUGACGGGACGUUUAUAUCUUGCGGUUUGAAAAAGCAAAAGGUGCCGCAAACAAGCUUAUUUUUGUGUCUUUCUUGCCAUUUUCGUGGAUGUCAAAGUUGACAAUCUUCUACUAUCCAGGUGAGAGGCAUGUUCUAUAAUCUAUAAAUAACUUUCACCAACAAUGCAUCAGCAACUCAAUGUGCAAUAUAGCAGCAUAAGCUCGUUAGUAGCUUAUACAGUCCCUCAGUUUCAGGGCUAAUAAUAACAAUAUCGCCAAUACUUGGUGAAUAUUCAGGUUACAAGAUGUAAAUGGAGUAUUGUUGACACUUUUUGGAUGUGUUUUAGAAGGCUUUUUUGGCACAAUCGUGUGCUCACAUUACCUGUACUGUUAGCCACUUCGUGCUUGCUAUAUUUGACUAUUUAGAAUGCAUACAAAAAUGAAACACAUGUUCUUCUCUUCCAUAGGGAUUGUGAAUGAAAAAUGUACCGUUCACCUUUGACGUAAUGUCAUCCUAUGGUAAAAAAAAAAACACCCCGUCUGAAUUUGACUGCACCUUUAUCUGAUGUCCAAACGUUUUGAAACAAUGCCUGUGAAAUGUUGUUGUUGUAAUAACUGUACGCUUAAUAGUGUUCGUAGCAAGCAUGCUGUAUACUUGUUAUUAAUGUGCUAUCAAAAAGCAUUAAACGCUGACUUUCUGACGUGAA